CAAACAAACUAAAAAGAGAGUUGGAUACACACUGCACAGAAACACAACUGGUUUCCGAAACCGCAAUGCUCUCUCACUCUGAGUCAGUUCCCAUUUAAACGAGCCUCACCUCACCUCACCUCACCUCAAAGACCCUCGUCCUUAUCGUAAUAAUUAUGCAGCCCUGUAGCAGAGAAAUGCAAGGACUCAACUCUCUCUUAAACUCCUCCCAAAUCUCCCUCCAGGACCUUCACAACCACAACGCCAUCAACCAGAUCCAAAAUUCACACAUGAACCAACACCAACAACAACUCACCCCUCACUUCGACCCAACCUCCCACGACGACUUCCUCGACCAAAUGCUCUCCUCCUGCUCCUGGCCCGACCUCGCCCCAAACAAGCCCUUGUGGGACCCCAACCCCCCCACUUCCGACGAAACGACGCCGUCCAACAACGACAAUGUCGCUUUCCCCUACGACGAGCACUCCAGCUUAGCCUCCAAGUUCCGCAACCACCAGAUCAGCACAAAGAACAACGCAGCUCUCAUUCUUCACCAACAACUCCUCAUGUCCCGAGCCCCCGACUCUGGCCUCCUCAACUUGCCCCUCAACUUGCCCGGAAACGAUGUCGUUGACGCCUCCAACUUCAAAUCCCCAAAUCCCGGAGGUGAGGCUUCAGUCCAAGCUCUCUACAACGGCUUCACUGGAUCUCUGCAUGGCGCUGGUCAAGCCUCUAACCAGACUCAGCAUUUUCAACACCUUCAGGGAAGCUCGAAUCCGGUGCAUGGGCAGAAUUUUGGUGGCACGGCGAACCAAGCUCCGGCGAGUGGGGCCACCGGUGGCACGCCGGCGCAGCCCAGGCAGAGGGUUCGGGCGAGGAGGGGUCAAGCCACGGACCCACACAGCAUCGCUGAAAGGUUACGAAGGGAGAGAAUCGCUGAGAGAAUGAAGGCCCUACAGGAACUAGUUCCCAAUGCCAACAAGACAGACAAGGCAUCCAUGCUGGAUGAGAUCAUCGAUUACGUGAAGUUCCUGCAGCUCCAAGUCAAGGUUCUGAGCAUGAGCAGAUUGGGCGGUGCAGCUGCUGUGGCUCCCCUUGUUGCUGAUAUGUCCUCUGAGGGAGGCGGUGACUGCAUCCAAGCAAACGGCAACAGUAACGGCGGUGGGGCCCUCGCCCAAAAUUCCAACAACAACAACCAAACGACAGCGUCAACGUCAAACGACACCCUGACGAUGACGGAGCACCAGGUAGCGAAACUGAUGGAGGAGGACAUGGGUUCCGCCAUGCAGUACCUUCAAGGCAAGGGCCUUUGCCUCAUGCCCAUUUCCCUCGCCACGGCCAUCUCCACUGCCACGUGUCACUCCAGGAACCCCUUGAUCACCGCCGCCUCCGCCGGCAACCAGAUUCCGACCAACGCCGCCCACGCGAACCCCGCAGCCGCGUCCAACGGCGAAGGGCCGUCGUCCCCGAGCAUGUCCGUGCUGACGGUGCAGUCGGCCGUGGUGGGCAAUGACGGCGCCGUCAAGGACGCUGCCUCCGUUUCGAAGCCGUGAUGACGGCGUUUGGAUGACUUUUGGUGUGAAAUAGACGAAGCAGACAAAAAAAAUAAAAACAUAAAGUGCCAAAGGACAGAAAAUGACGUGUGUUUUUCAAAAAAGAGCCGCUAAAGUCUACGAAAAUAAGGCGUCGGGGAUACGGAGGGGGUCGACUCGACGACGCCGUAUUUACCUAGACUUUGUUUGGCUGAUGCUAACUUUCAACCAACCAAUCACAAACUCCACUAUGCCAAUUACCUACUUCUCCCUCUUCUUUUUCUUCAUUAUCUCUUUCGCUUUGGGUUUCUUCUGUUCAUUGUUUUUAAAUUUAGUGGAUUUCUUUCUCUUUUUCCUUUUUCGUUUUCCGUCUCAAUAACAAGUUGCUCUGCUCUGUCUUUGUACUACCGUUUUCAUUUUUUAAUGCGUUCCAUUCACUUUUAACUGCUA